AUUUAUUAAAAUUAUUUUUUACUAUAUUUCAACUAUGCGACCUUGGAAGAAUGAUAAGGUGAAUUUUUAAGCGAUAAAAAAAAUUUUAUAUUAUCGGUCGAAUUUGCAAAAAUUAUGUAUUAAACCUUUUUUGUAGAGCAUUCAAUUUCCUACAAAAAAUUGUACUGAGAAUUUCUGAAUUCUCAUUAGGUAACAUGUUAUAAAAUUCAGAACAAACAAAAACGAGUUCUUCAAAUUGUAUCAAACUUUUAGGUCGGAUACCUCGUGAAUGGUUGAAUUUAUGCAAAAAUUAUAAGAGGUCUUUUUUGUAGAUCAGUAAAUUUGCUUUAAAACUUACCAGAAGAGAUUUUUGUAUCUUGAUUUUUUCCUAAGUCAUUUAUUUCUUACCAUGUUAUUAAAUGACAAAUCGAAAAUUAUCAACAGCCACCUCUAAAUAUCAUUAUUAAGUGCUCAAAUUUUAAUUGGCACUAGUCUUGGGUAGUUCGCGAACGACCUAGGUCGGAAGAGCGCUCCUUUAGGUGAACUAUGCGAACUAGUUCGCCGAUGAUCUCGCUCUUAGUUCUUUUUAUAUUUUUUUUAGCGUCGGUUUUACCAGACACUGGCGCUAUGUGACCAACCGAGUUAUUUACUUUUUCUGUGCGCGCCUUGAUAUUUCGAUAUCGAUUCUAAACAACUUCACAUCCACAUCUAAUAUAUAACGGACUUUGAGUAAAUUUUUUGAACUAACAAAUAAAUCUGAUUUUAUGAUUGAUUGUAAUAAUGACAUCAAGAAGAAAACACAGUUUUUUAUGGAUGCAUUUCACUGAAGAAACUGAGAGUAAGAAAGCAAAAUGUAAAUAUUGUUCGUCGUAUAUUAGCUUUGCUGGUGGUUCAAAUGGCAAUCUUACCCGACAUAUGAAAACAAAGCAUCCUACAAUUCCUUUAGCUCCGGAACGGCAAGAUUUUAUAGAUUUAUCUGAUUCAGAUCCUCCUCAAACAAGUCAAACUGCAUCAAGGAAUAGUAAUUCUCAAUCCUUAGCAAUUUCAUCAUCGUCAUCGAUAUCAGCAGUAUCAUCGCUUCAAAAUUCAAUAAUUCAAUAUAUUCAUAAGAAACCACCCAUUCGAAAAGUUCAAGAAAUCGACCGACAAGUUGUCAAGAUGAUUGCUAAGGGACAUCAUGCUUUAAGAAUAGUUGAAGAACCUGAAAUGCGUAAACUAAUUCAACUAGUUUCAAAUUGUCCUGGGUAUCAACUUCCCUCUAGAAAAACAGUAUCAACUAAUUUAAUGUCUAAUGUCCAUCAAGAACUACAAAGCGAGGCUCGAAUAAAGAUUAAAGCUGCAGUUGCACUAUCUCUGACUACUGAUGGUUGGACGUCUAGUAAUAAUGAAAGCUAUAUAGCUGUAACAGCCCAUUUUAUAGAUGAUGAAACCAAGCUUUGUUCUAUAUUACUCACUUGUGAAGCAUUUAAUGAUAGACAUACAAGCGAGAAUUUAUGUGACUUUUUGAGGAAUGUCAUGAUAGAUUGGGAUAUUUUGCAUAAAGUUACUGCUGUUGUUAGUGAUAAUGCAUCGAACAUUAUAAAUGCUGUUAAACUUGGAAAGUGGCGAUCAAUUGGUUGCUUCGCUCACACUUUAAAUCUUAUCGUCCAAACUGCUACUAAAGAAAUAUCUGAUGUUUUAGUGCAAGUUAAAAGUAUUGUUGAAUACUUUAAUCGAAGUACCCAAGGACAAAACAAAUUAGCCACCACGCAAAAACAACUCAAUUUACCCGUUCUAAAAUUGAAACAAGAUGUCCCAACUCGCUGGAACUCGACUUACGACAUGCUUCAGCGAAUAAUACAGGUGAAGGAUGCUGUGAUUACUACGAUUGCUCUAUUACGUCCCGAUUUAAAUAUAAAGCAAGAAGACUGGGAGGUCAUAGAGGAAGUUUUACCUUUGCUUAAGCCAUUUUAUGAAGUAACAAUUGAAAUAAGUGCCGAAAAAAAUGUAACCUUAUCUAAAGUAAUAGUAUUUAACAAUUUAAUUCAAGAUUUCUUGAGGAAAUAUUUUUCCCAGAAUCAAAAAAUUAUUUCAGUGCAAUCAGCCUUGAAGAAAUGUAUGGAGACUCGAUUUAAAGAGUUGGAAAAUAAUAUUUUAUAUGCUGAGAGUACAAUUUUGGAUCCUAGAUUCAAAGCAAGAUCAUUGAAAAAUCAAGACUAUCGUGAGCGCGCAAUCGAAGGUCUUAAAAAUAAAGUCGGUAAAACACCAUUGCAGUCGUUGCAAUAUAAUAAUCGAGAAAAUUCUUCUAACACCACAACUGCUCUUGUGCCGGUAUCAUCAGUAGAUGAAAAUGGAAAUAAAAAAGAUUGUGUGAGCAUAUGGGAUGAAUAUGAUAGUGAAAUAAGUAGAAUAACAAGACCUGAAAACAAAACUGUGGCUAGUAUUCGUGAAAUUGAUAAGUAUCUGAAUGAGGAGUACUUGGAUCGUAAGAUGGAUCCUCUGCAAUGGUGGCACGAAAGACGUCAUAGAUAUCCUCACUUAUAUGCAUAUAUUUUAAAAAGAUUUUGUAUCGUCGCAACAUCUGUGCCUUGUGAACGAGUUUUCUCAGGGGCAGGACAAAUUAUUACUCAACGACGCAAAUUAUUGAAACCGAAUAAAGUUUCGACACUCUUAUUUUUACAUAGUAAUAUGUAGAAAAUAGUCUUUAAAGUUCCUAACAUGUGAUGGCUAUCGUGAUAUUUUUAAUCUGAUACUAUGAAUACGACGGAUUUUUAUCUAAUUAUUAAUAUAAAUUAUUUAAUUUAUUCAUUUUUACUUAAGAAAGAAAUCUUAUGUGAUAUAAAAAAAUGUCAACUUUAAUUGUAAUGAUUCGCACUUUUCAAGUACUGUAAUAUAAUUACGCAUUAUACUAGGAAUAAGACUAGCUGUUGACUAAUGAUUAACAUAAAUUAUUUAAUUUAUUCAUUUUUACUUAAGUAAAAGAUCUUAUGUGCCAUAAAAAAAUGUCAACAUUGAUUGUAAUAAUUUGCACUUUUUAAGUAUUGUAAUAUAAUUACGUACUAUACUAGGAACGAGACUAGCUGUUGACUAAUCAUUAAUAUAAAUUAUUUAAUUUUUUCAUUCUUAUUUAAAUAAAAAAUUUUAUGUUCUAUAAAUAAACAGAACCUGCAAUAAUCAUAAAUAUAUUUUUUUCUCUAUUUAUUGUUUUUAUUAAAUUAUUUAAAAAAAAAAGAACUAAUGAACUAAAAGAACGAACUAGUUCGCCAUUGGAUUAUGAACUAAAUUGAGCGCUCUUAGUGGUGACCGA